AUGCGUUCACGCGUCCCCCUCAGCAUCGCAGGCCUCGUCCUCACCGGCCUCUCCCUCCUCUUCCUCUUCUUCCUCAUCCUCUCCGGCCGGCCUCGCCGGCGCCCGCGACACCACCCGCUGGACCUACUUUUGAUGUGCGGCCGCCAAAACUACGACUGCGGCAAGGCCCACGCCGCCCCCGCCUUUGGUAGCGCCUGGGACGGCGACGCCGUCGGCGUCCCCAACGGCCUCGACGGCUCCCGCGGCGGCGACACCACCUCCUCCUACUACUACUACAUGUGGCGCUUCGGCUGGGUCUUUUUCCUCAUCGCCCUCUUCUUCACCACUAUUGCCUUUUUCGGUAGCUUCCUCGCCUGCUGCGGCCGCAUCGGCUCUCUCCUCGCGAGCUUGGCUGGCUUGACUGCCCUUGUCUUUUGGACUAUCGCCGUCGUUCUCAUGACCAUCACCUUCGUCAAGGCCCGCAACGCCUUCCGCCGCGACGGCCGCGACGCCAAUAUCGGCACCUACGCCUUUGCCUGGGCAUGGGCCGGCUGGGCCUCUCUCCUCCUCGCCUCCCUCCUCUUCUGCGGCGGCAUCCGCAAGAAGGACGACUCCCGCCGCCACUACGACCGCGGCACCACCGCCGGCACCACCUACAACAACGCCACCUACAACAACACCGCCGGCGCCGCCUACGACGACGGUACCCUCCCUGCCGGCACUACCGCCGCUCCCCGUACCCGCCGGUUCUGGAACAGGCGGGGCGACGCCUACGACUCCAGGAGGGUCAAGGACGAGUACAACUAA